GCAAGUUCUGAAGACUUCUGAGGUCUGUCUGUGAGCCUGUCAGCGCUAGUCGAGCUACGCUGGGCGCACAGCGUGUGGGUGCUGCAUCUCACGAAGCUGCAGUUAUCUGGCUUGAGACAUCUACCAGCGCGCGACGCCAGCGCACGCAGCACACCCCAGCGAUCGCAGCCGUGCCGACACACGUAUUCGACGCGGCUCCUGCAUUAUAGUUAACGCGUCCGAGCAGCAUCAAUCUGCUGCAGAGGAGCAAGCUGCCGUGCGCAUUGACAGCAGCCAUGCGGCUCGCCGUGCUACUGCUCGCCGUCGCUACGACCGAUGCGCUGCUCAACAGCCUCAAAAGGCUCGUGCGCCGUAAGCCACAACAGCCGCAGCACGCGUCGGCGACGGCCUUCGGCGCCUUCAAGGACUUUUUAGCCGAGCAGCAGGAGGUCAUGUGCAACGCCGUCGAGGCGCUGGACGGGACAUCGUCCUUCGGCGAGGACGCGUGGACCCGCGGCGACGGCAGCCACGGACUCACGAGAGUCAUCGCGGACGGCGCCCUCGUGGAGAAGGGCUGCAUCUCCACGUCGUACAUACAGGGGACGCUCACGAAGGCGCGGGCCGAGGCCAUGUGCAGCCGGGGCCGCGAAAACGUCAAGGCGGGCGACCGCUUCGAGGCCGCGGCGCUGUCGCUGGUGCUGCACGCGAAGAGCCCGCACGUGCCCACUCUCAGGGGCGACGCGAGAUGUUUCGUGGUGUUUGACGAAAACGAUGAACCGAGGGAGGCGUGGUACGGGGGCGGCUGCGACCUGACGCCCUGCUACGUCGUGGAGGACGAUAUUCGAGGGUUCCACGCGCACUGGCGCGACGUCUGCAAGGGGAGAUAUCAGGACAUGAAGCAAACGUGCGACGGGUACUUCUACCUGCCCCUGCGACAGGAGCACCGCGGAGUGGGGGGCGUCUUCUGGGACGACGACGCGUCCGCGGACGCGGACGCUUUGGCGCGACGGGUGCUCGAGACGAUGAUCGCCUCGUGGGCGCCGAUCGUCGCGCGGCGGCGCGGCGACGCCGUGGCGGAGGCGCAGCGCCAGUGGCAACUUUUGAGGCGGGGCCGCUACCUCGAGUUCAACUUGCUGAACGACCGCGGCGUCCGCUUCGGGUUGAGUCCCGACGCCAUCGAGCGCAUCAUGGUCUCGGCGCCGCCCCUGAUAGCGUGGCAGUACAAGGCCGAGCCUGCGAUUGGUUCUCCAGAAGCGCGGCUCGUGGACGUCCUGAGGAAGCCGCGGAGCUGGGCCUAAUAUACAUAUAUAUAUAUUUGUUUUUUUUUUUAGGCGGGAAGCGAGAGGGGGGGGGGAGGGGACUCUUGUGCGCGCGAUCACGCGUCGAGCGGGACGGGCUCGACCUCGACCACGUACUCGUCGUCGCCGUCGAGCGUGAAGCUCUCGGUCGGCGUGAGGACCUCGAAGCCCGGGCCCUCCUCGAGCUUGCGGCGCGUGGCCGGGUAGGGGUCCGCCGCGUCGUAGUUCAGCGGCCCGUAGACGCCCAGGUCGUCGAGCGCCGCCACGGUCAUCCGCGAGAUGGGCUGGUACAGCCCGGCCUAGGCGGCCGCGGCCGGCCGCUGGCCAAUGUUUUUGUGUGAUGUCUUUUGGCCGCCGCCGUUCGCACGGCCUCGCGCGCCGGCGCGCGGCAAACCGCCGCGGCUUUGGUGCGCCCGCCGCGCCCUUGGCGUGCCGUGAGCUUCGGUUUUGCUCUGGCAUGUUCCAGGGGAGUUUAGCGUCUUCGAGCGCGCGCGCGGCGGAAGUUCUCGGCGAGUGGGCGUUGUACGUGAUCGGCCAGAGUGUUGAAGGGGGUCUGGGACGCGGGGAGCUACUUUGUGAGCGUAUAUGGGUUGCUCUGUGUCGGGCAAGUUUGUCGGCCAAGUUGGCCACAGCUAGCGGUCGAAAGACACUAGCAAGCUUGACACAUUACUACUAAACCUCCGGGCUCGACACAUAGACGUCCCCCCGCGGGCGCCUCGGCCUACCGCCCUGGCCAGAUUUCUGGGCGGCGCUCACCGCGGCCGGACGUCCAUUUGCGCGUUUCAGCCUUGGCCUGCGCGGGUUUGUCCGCCGGAUUCUUCCGGGCCUUCCAAUUCCCCAAGGAGGCGUAUGGACGGCUCCCUGCUCGGUCCUCCGCGGUUUACUGCAGUGCCAACGACGCCCGCCGCCCGCGCGUUUCUCAUAGAUCGUCGUUACCGGUCGCGGGAGGGCGGUAUCCGAGCAUCGGUACGCGGCGCCCCCCUCCCCCGCUCCGGACAGAAAUCCUCAUAUAGUUUCUUAUCCACUGAGAACUGGCGCACACGCGACGCGCCGUCGACCGCGCGCGAGAGGUCCUCCGCCUCCAGGGCUGGAUCGGCGAGGUCCAGCGCACCGCCCACGCGCGCGACUCCGCCGACAAGCGCUUCGACUACUACACGCCCGCCCUCGCCAAAAGGGUCUGCAGGCUCCAGGCGCGCGACUUCACGAACUUCGGCUACCCCUGCUGGGACGGCAUCAAAGACACGUUCCGCAUCCUCUAG